AUGAAUAGAAUUCAAGUGCCCAUUUGGUUAGCUCAAAUAUUAAAAGCUCAAAGGAAAUGUAAUAUUGUCCCACCAGAAUGGUUAAACUUGAAAACAUUAAAAGAAUUAUAUCAGCAUGAAGUCACUGAUCUAGAAAGUUUUAGUGAACUUCCUUUCAAUUGGCUUGAAAUUUCUAAAAUCUUUUUCGAAAAUGCUCCAGAUGAUUUAUCCGAUGAGAUUCAUAAACUGAAAUCUUUAAUUCAAGAUUUAAAAGAAAUUAGAAUGAUCAAGAUCAAAAAAGGUUUAACUUUAAUCAAUGAAUCUCAUUUACAAUUAGAUAACUUAUCACUAAUGGAAAUCAAUGAAAUUAGACCGUUUGUUGUCUCGGUUAUGGGUAAAUUAACAAGUAUGAGUGAAGCUGUUACACAAGAUGAACAAGAAGUGGAAGAUGAAAUGGAAUCAGAAGAUGAUGACGCUAGCAUGUAUGGGAAGGAAUAA